AUGUUGCUCGAACUUUGGAAUAAGGGUGUCCUUUGGGACAAACUUCUUGGUGUGCAUUAUUUGACAUUAACAUCGGUGCAGUAUAGGAAUGAAGCAGGACCUGGUAAAUGGUUACAAAUUGACCAAGAAUUGGAAACACGAAAUGGUCAAACAGUGGGAACAAGUCGUCCAACUGGACAUUCAGUUUUAGUAGACGUGCGUUUCGAACUACCAUAUGAUGCGCAAGGCGCUAAUGCGGAAGAAUUGCAAGAGAAGUUACAAGCAUUGAAUCGUCUUAUCGAAAUUGUUAGUUUCUUUUUUUUCUCUCACUAUUUCGAUUUUCAAUCGAUUUCACAAUUUAUUAGAAAAGAAAUUUGCACAAAUUUGAAUUCCAAAGAAAAACAACUAUGGUAA